UCAGUUUUCCGUACAAGUCACGGCAUUAACUCAGCAUACUUUUAGGUACAGCUAGUGCUUCAUGACUUUGUGGUUAACAUUUAGUGAACAUGAAGACCGCUUCUUUAGAUGCUUGCAAGUAUUUUCUCUUCACUCUAAGUCUUUUUAUAACGCUGAUCGGGGCAGUGUCACUAGCGCUAGGAAUCAUGGGUUACUUACAAAGUGGAAGCUCACAGCAGCUUAUUAACUUACCAAUUACAAUCUUAAUCUUGAUUGUCAGUUCUUCGACAAUUAUUGCUGGUUUCUUUGGCUGUAUUGGAUCCAGCAUUGAAAAUAAAAGUCUGCUUGUAACGUUUUUUCUUCUGGUCGUUUUACUUUUGGUCUCGGAGAUCGUUCUUGUUAUCAUAAUUUUCCGCCAGCAAAGCCAUUCAAAAUCAACUGCUCUUACAAGUAUUGCUGAAUAUCAUACAUCACCCAGCUCGCAAGUGUAUUGGGACGACCUACAGAGACGGAUGAUUUGCUGCGGAUACGACAAUUUCAAAGAUUGGAAAAACGAAACGCUUCCUAAUUCCUGUUGCGGCAUUCACCCAUUGCCUUGUACAACCAGUUCUCCAUAUUUAAGCAUAACUGGGUGUUCUUCAUACUACAACAGAUAUCAUGAUAUUGUUGGAUACCUUCAAAUUGCUGUUUCUCUAUUAGAGAUAAUUGCUGUCGUUUUAACCUGUGUGGUAUUUGAUUCAUUUAGCGAGUAUGAGAUCGCGUAACUAACCUGAUGAACGCCCCAGUAUAUGCUGACUGGAUGCCUUUGACGUGCUGGUAUCGCAUUCGUUUCGUAAAACCUUUCCCCGUUUCCGAAAAUUUUAUUGUUGACAGUUUAUGUUUCGCCUUAUGUUAUUGUUAGUAUACACCUUGUCCGUUUAUUUCUAUGUUAAGCUUGAACCAGUGUCGACUUUUGUCAAGAGAGAGUGUUUUACCUUGGCAGCUAUUUACAAAGAAUAAACCAGUGGUUCUUAAA